AUGUCUUUCGAGUACGACUGUAUUAUUGUCGGCGCUGGCUACGCAGGACUCUCAGCAGCUAAGACUCUAUCUGAGCGUGGCAAGUCUGUCCUCGUACUCGAGGCACGCGAUCGUGUUGGCGGACGAGCCUGGACCAAAUACCACGAGGAUGGUGUCUACGAAGACUACGGUGGGAUGUUCCUCGGCGUGCAACAACCCAACAUGUACCGGCUCGCGUCGGAAUAUGAUAUCCGCACCUACAACGUCGGACUGAAAGGCAAAAGUGUGCUUCACUAUCGGGGGCAGUGCAAGCUCUAUUCAUCUGCGUUUCUACCUCCGUUGUCACUUCUCCCCCUUUUUGAUGCGUGGAGAGCAGUUCGGGCUCUUGAGAAUCUCUCCAAAACCGUGAACCUAGACGAGCCUUGGAAGACUCCCGGUGCCAAGGAGCUUGACGGCCGCACGGUGGCGGAAUGGAUUCGAUCGAUCUGUUGGUCCAAGGCUGGUAGGGACGUCGUAAGCUUGCCGUUCAAACUUCUCUGGGGUCUUGACCUGGCCCAAGUGAGCCUGCUGCACGCUGCGUGGUACUGCAAAUCUGGCGUCAGUCUGACUGUGCUAUCCACCAUUGAGCAGGGGGCGCAGAUGCAACUCAUGGUUGGUGGCGGCCAGUCGAUUGCCAAUGGAAUUCACAAGCAACUUGGAGGUGCAGUUCGUCUCAACGAGCCUGUUAUUCAGCUCGAUCGACGCAACACUAAUCAAGUCCAAGUCAAGACCACGAAGCACACUUAUUCCUGCAAGAGAGUCAUUUUCGCCAUCCCGCAGCAACAUAUUUUACAAGUGGACUUCUUUCCUGCAUUACCACCACAGAAAAUCAAACUACUCCAGAACAUGCCAAUGGGACAGUAUUGGAAAAUAAUUGCGAUGUAUCCCACGCCUUUCUGGCGGGAACAGGGGCUCCGUGGAGAAGUUGUUAGCCCCGACGGAUUUAUGGGUCUCAUUAGCGAUGUGUCUCCCGUCGAUGGGCGUUGCGGCAUGCUCGUGGCAUUUGUAGCGGCUUCCAAGGCCAUGGCUCUUCUCGACAUGGAGAAAGAGGACAGGGAGCGCCACAUCCUGAAAGAGUUGGAGACGUGCUACGGGAAAGAGGCCAGCAAUCCUACCAAACUCACCUUGCACACGAUGAUGGAAGAGAAGUGGUCGGCUGGAUGUCCUGUUGCGGCGCCUGCUCCGGGGUGCUGGGUGACCAUGGGACACUGGAUGCGAAAGCCGAUUGAUCGAGUUUAUUGGGCGGGAACCGAAACAGCGACGAACUGGAGCGGAUAUAUGGAGGGUGCUGUGAACUCUGGGAUUCGGGCAGCAAACGAGGUCUUGGAAGCUUUGGAAACAGAAAAUUCACCCGGAAGCCCUUCAAGCAAUAUUUGGUAUGGAGAAUUAGGGAUAAUGGAAAGCUAG